AUGGCAAACCAAACAAGACUGAACCUUCCUCUAUUACUCGAAAAGAAAUCAGUUGAGCUUGUUAAACCCUCGAAACACACCCCUUCCGAAAUUCUCUACCUUUCAACUUUAGACAACGAUCUUUUCAAUGAAGUUAUGUACGCAACGAUUUACGUUUUCAAAGCCAAUGAAAAGAACCAAAAUGAUCCUGUCCCUUUGCUUAGGAAGGCUUUGUCCGAACUUCUUGUGUACUACUAUCCCCUUUCAGGCAAGCUAAUGAGACGAGAGAGUGAUCGAAAACUUCAGCUGGUUUUUCGAGAGAACCUUGAUGACCAAGUUGCUUUGCGCCUUGUGCCUGAAAUCGAAAUAGACUAUGAUAGCAACGUUGGUUAUCAUCCUCUAGCUUUGCAGGUGACCAAGUUUGCAUGCGGAGGAUUCACCAUUGGCACCGCACUGACGCACGCCGUUUGUGAUGGAUUCGGUGUGGCUCAGAUCAUCCAUGCCUUAACCGAGUUGGCUGCGGGAAAGAGCGAGCCAUCGGUGAUGCCUGUGUGGCAGAGAGAGCGGUUGGUCGGAAAAUUUGAUAAUGAACCGGCCAAAGUGCCUGGCGGCGACAUUGCUAGUCUUUUGGCCACCUCACCUUACAUUCCAACUACUGAUGUGGUGACGGAGAUAAUUAACAUUCGGGCUGCGAGUAUAAAGAGGCUUAAAGACUCUUUGAUGAGAGAGUGCGAGUUCACUAAAGAGAGUUUCACUACUUAUGAAGUACUUUGUUCUUGCGUAUGGAAAGCAAGAUCUCGAGCCCUAAAACUAAACCCUGAGGGGAUCACUGUCCUUGGCGUAGCUGUUGGAAUCCGACAUGUUCUAGACCCACCACUUCCUCAAGGGUUCUACGGUAACGCAUACAUAGAUGUCUAUGUGGAGUUAACCGUGAGAGAACUCGAAGAAGCAUCAAUCUCUGACAUCGCCAAGCGUGUGCAGAAAGCCAAGAAAACAGCCUAUGACAAGAUCUAUCUGGAGGAAGAGCUAAAGAACACUGAGAGAUUGAUAAGGGAGAAUGCGAGAUUCGAAGGGGCAAGCGACGGACUAUUGUUCUUGACGGAUUGGAGGAAUAUUGGUUGGUUCGGAUCGAUGGAUUUUGGUUGGAAUGAGCCUGUGAAUCUGCGGCCGUUGACCGAGCGGGGGAGUUCAUUGCAUAUAGGGAUGAUCUUGAAACCUUCAGGAUUGGAUGCAUCAAUGGAAGGUGGAGUUAAAGUGAUCAUGACGUUGCCAAGAGAUGCAAUGAUUGAGUUCAAGCAAGAAAUGGAUGGUAUGAACAAACUUUAUCUGGGUGAUACGAAUUAAUUUAGUUGGUAUGGAUGGUAUGAAUAAAGUUUUAUGUGAGUGAAUGCUUCCAAGCAAAUAUUAUGAAACAAGAAUAAUGCCUGAAUAAAUGGAGGCUUAAAUAUGCUUAUGUUGUAUUUCUUUUCUGCUUUGUUUUCCUCUACGUUUGAUCUUGCAAUCGCACAAGCGUUAUACAGUUUCGAGUUACAUUUUGCUACAGGUUCUGAUAUUUUAUUCGGGAAAACAAAAAUGUUUUAUCAACGGA